UUGUAUCCGUGACGGUUGGAUUAGGCAGUUUAGCAUUUUGUGCCCUUUUUUCCUGCUUUGUUGAUAGUUUGGCUCUGUGGGUUCCCACAUAUCCCGAGAGCACGUGAACGCCGCAGCAGGGAGCUCAUCUGUUGGACGGGGAAACUAAUCAGGAGCCAAGUAAAGACUUUUCAACACUGCGAGCUAAUAGGCUAGCACUGCUCCAAAGUCAGCCGCCACUACGGAAACGGGGUAGGGACUUUGUUUGUGACCGACAACAUCUCCUCUAGGCAGGAAACAACUUUGAAGCCAUGUUAUAUUGGCGGGGAAACACUUGAAUCGUUUAAAGUAUAAAAGCGAGCUGCCUCCGGUCAGCUAGCUCCAUAACGUUAGCUGGGAAAGAAGUGGAGGCUUAAAAAAACAAAACAAAAAACCCAAACAAACAUGGAGCUGGACGACGUAGUCCUCUACCAGGACGACUCGGGCGACUCGGACGUGAUGUCCGAGCGGGUCGCCGGUCUGGCCAGCUCCAUCUACCGGGAGUUCGAGCGGCUCAUCGAGAGGUACGACGAGGAGGUGGUGAAGGACCUGAUGCCGCUGGUGGUCGGGCUGCUGGAGAACCUGGACUCGGUGUUCGCCGCCAACAAGGAGCACGUCGUGGAGCUGGAGCUGCUGAAGGAGGACAACGAGCAACUUGUCACUCAGUACGAGCGGGAGAAAGCGCUGAGGAAACACGCAGAGGAGAGAUACAUUGCCUUAGAAGACUCCCAAGACGGAGAGAAAAAGGACCUCCAGUCUCGACUGGUAACUUCGGAGUCACACGUGCGGCAGCUAGAGCUAAAGACAAAGAACUAUGCAGAUCAGAUAAGCAGAUUUGAAGAGAGAGAAGCAGAACUGAAGAGGGAGUACAAUGCUCUUCAUCAAAGACACACUGAGAUGAUCCACAGCUACAUGGAGCACCUGGAGCGAGCGAAACACCAGCACCCGACCACACCAGCAGAGCCGUCAGAUACAGGAUCGUCAGCUAAGAGACGGAAAGAGCGCCCCAUCUCCAUGGUUUUCCAACUUCCCGGGCCCGAUGGCAUGACCUCUGAAUUCCAGCGGGACCCUGUCGAUACCCCGUCUGAACCAUGGAGAUUCAACAACCUCAGCCAGCCGCAGUCCAACACCAGCAUCAAGGACGAGUUGGCCAAUGCAAACCGUGGAAACUCCAAGCCCAGCACAGCAGCCAACCAGGGAAACGCCUCUAAGCCUUUAGCUGCAGCGUCCUUAAACAAUGGAUCGUCCAAAGCAAACACUCCAGCGUCGUCUCAGGGCGGUUCUGUCACUCCGCUGUCUCCUCAUGAAGUGGCCAAUGGUGAACUCGCGCUCACCUCUUCUUCACCACUUUCUACGGCUGCUUCUGAUGUCACCAUGGAGUCCGUGGAGCAGGAAACUUCAGGAGGACUCGACAGGAAAAGCGGAAAAUCCCAAAACGGAGAGAACAAGGAAACGUCGAGGGAAGAACAGAAGGGCUGGCGCGGAGACGACGUCCAGAAGUCUGCCUCUGCGCCCGUCACAAGUGAAGAUGGAGACGAGAGCCCAGAGAAGUCUGAGGUACAGGCUAUCAUAGAGUCCACUCCUGAGCUGGACAUGGACUUUGACGGCUGCCAAGGGACAAGCACACCGACCAAAGGUGGCAUCGAGAAUCCAGCCUUCGACCGCAACAACGACUCUCUGUUCGACGAGCUGGCGUCUGCAGGAAACGACAUGAUCGGCGACGUGGACGAGGGAGCCGACCUCCUGGGUAUGGGUCGGGAGGUCGAACAUCUAAUCCAUGAGAACACCCAGCUGCUGGAGACCAAAAACGCUCUGAAUGUGGUGAAAAACGACCUCAUUGCUCAAGUGGACGACCUGUCCUGUGAGAAGGAGGUUCUGCGAGGCGAGCUGGAGGCCGUCGCACAGGCCAAGACCAAACUGGAGGAGAAAAACAAAGAAUUAGAAGAGGAGCUAAGGAAAGUUAAAGCUGAACUGGAUGAGGCCAAACAGAAGGUCAAGACUGAAAACGAGGACGAUGUAAGCAUCAUUGAAAUCAUGGAACGAGUUGAAACGUGCUCGUGGUUUUGUCUCAUGGUUACGUUGUGCCUGCAGAGCGACGUGCCCACAGCCCAGAGGAAACGUUUCACCAGAGUGGAGAUGGCCAGAGUCCUGAUGGAGAGGAACCAGUAUAAAGAGAGGCUGAUGGAGCUGCAGGAAGCCGUCAGAUGGACAGAGAUGAUCCGCGCUUCAAAGGAGAAUCCCGCUCUUCCAGAGAAGAAGAAAUCCAGCCUCUGGCAGUUGAUUUUCAGCCGUCUGUUUAGCUCGUCGGGCGGAGCGGGGAAGAAGCCGGCGGGGGAGGCGCCGGUCAACGUCAAGUACAACGCGCCCACCUCGCAGAUUCAGCCGUCCGUCAAGAAGAAGAGCAGCGCCCUGCAGCAGCUGCCCAGCGACAAGAGCAAAGCGUUUGACUUCCUCAAUGAGGAUCCGCCACCUGAGAGUUCGGUGUCACGGCGAGAGCAGAAGAGAGCUCAGUACAAACAGGUCAAAGCUCACGUCCAGAAGGAGGACGGCAGAGUGCAGGCCUACGGCUGGAGCCUGCCCAAGAAAUACAAAGCUAAUGGAGGUCAGGCAGACGGCAAGAUGAAGAAUCUGCCUGUUCCCGUCUUCCUCAGGCCGCUGGAUGAGAAAGAUCCCACUAUGAAGCUGUGGUGUGCUGCAGGUGUCAACCUGUCUGGAGGGAAAACCAGAGACGGAGGCUCAAUCGUGGGAGCCAGCGUGUUUUACAGCGACGUGUCCGGCGCGGAAAGUCCCAGAAAGAAGAGAGGCUCGCAGAGCAGCAUCGAUGAACUGGAUCAGGAACUGAAGGAGCAGCAGAAAGAGUUGCGGCACCAGGACGAGUUUUCCUCUCUGGUGUGGAUCUCCACCAGCACCCAGUCCAAUUCGAACGUCGUCGUCGUCGACGCCAACCAGCCCGGGAACAUCCUGGAGAGCUUCUUCGUUUGCAACUCGCACGUCUUCUGCAUCUCUAGUGUACCCGGUGCAAGAGAGACCGACUAUCUAGCCGGAGAGGAAGUGUCCUCAGGCACUGACGCAGGCCCAGUGGGAGACGGCGGCUUGUCGACGGCCAACGGCGGCUCAGAGGGCGGCGACAGCAUCCUCGGAGGCAUCACAGUGGUGGGCUGUGACGGCGAGGGAGCGACGGCUGUUCCUCAGACAGCAGACAGUUCAGACUCCAGACCAGCAGAAGAGGCCAUGGAGGCCAUGGAGACCAGCGCAGGGCCUGUUGACCACAGCGAGAGCCUGAGAGGCAUCUACACCGAACACGUCUUCACAGAUCCACUGGGAGCGCAGCAGACCAGGGAGACGCCAGCUAACUAUUCUCAGAGAGAGAGCGAUCUGCUGAAAGACGGAGUGAGUUCAAACCCCGACGCAGAGGAGCAGGACCUGAUGAUAGAAGAAGCUCAGAAAAUGAGCAGCGUUCUGCCCACCAUGUGGCUGGGGGCCCAGAAUGGAUGCGUGUACGUCCACUCGUCUGUUGCUCACUGGAAGAAGUGUCUCCACUCUAUAAAGCUGAAGAAGCCCGUGAUCGGCAUAGUACACGUGAAGGGACGGGUCCUGGUUAGCCUGUCGGAUAGCACGUUAGCCAUUUUCCACAGAGGAACGGAUGGACAGUGGGACCUGACCAACUACCAUCUGCUGGACCUGGGGAAGCAGCACCACUCCAUCCGCUGCAUGACCGUGGUGCAUGACCGUGUGUGGUGCGGCUACCGGAACAAGAUCCAUGUGGUGCAUCCCAGAGCCAUGAAGGUUGAGAAAACCUUCGACGCCCACCCUCGUAAGGACAGCCAGGUCCGUCAGCUGGCCUGGCACGGGGACGGGAUCUGGGUGUCCAUCAAGCUGGACUCCACUCUCAGACUGUUCCACGCACGCACACACCAGCACCUGCAGGACAUCGACAUCGAACCCUACGUCAGCAAGAUGCUCGGUACGGGCAAGCUGGGCUUCUCGUUUGUGAGGAUCACGGCUUUAAUGGUUUCAUGUAGCCGCUUGUGGAUUGGGACUGGAAAUGGAGUCAUCAUCUCUGUUCCCGUUACGGAGACAGCCAACAAUGUAGCCAAGUCAUCAGGUAACAAUCCUGGAGGCGUGGUUCGCGUCUACGGAGACGACAGCGGGGACAAGGUGACGGCCGGGACCGUCGUUCCCUACUGCUCCAUGGCUCACGCUCAGCUCAGUUUCCAUGGUCACAGGAACGCGGUCCAGUUCUUCGCCGCAGUUCCAGGUCACGCAGAUCCGUCGGCAUCCAGCGGAGGAGAGUCAGCGGGAGACAAGUCCGCCGAUGUCUCCGCUCAGGAAGGAAGCAGGUCCAUGUUGGUGAUGAGUGGAGGAGAAGGCUACAUCGACUUCAGAAUGGGCGAUGAGGACGGGGAGGCAGACGAGCUAGACGACCCCGCCUUAAAACUGCAGCCCUUCCUCGCGAAAGCCGAGCGCAGCCACCUCAUCGUCUGGCAGGUCAUGGUCGGCGAAGACUGAACUCAGCAUCACUGAAACCCUGAUUUGCCCCCUUUUUUAAAAUUUAUUUUAAGACCACAGAAACAGAGGAGAAAGCACAAGAUUAAUCAGCACUUAUUUCUUUAUUUUGCUCCCUCGGUCUCGAACAAUGGAAGCAAAACAAGCAAAAACUGCUCUGCGAGCAUUUUUUUUCUGUUAACCUUGAACGCAUGGAACUGCUUUGUCCUUUUUUUUCUUCUAUGUCAUGAAUUUCAAGCAUUACAUCUUAUCGCCUCGCGGACUUAAAUUUUAUUUGCGGUAAGGCGGAUGUUUGCCGGCUUUCCGGUUGAAUCCCUUCACCUGCGCUGACCCGGGGCGCUGCUGAUGUUCCGUCAGCUGGUCAGAGGGAGGAAAACAGCUUCCUGUUUGUCCUCUGACGAAUGUAAGACGUAGCGAGCGACGUGGGAGUCAAUCAUGGCGGGAUCGUUUUUCUCUAUCAAAUUUCGGUUCUGUUUUUUUACGUGGAGAGCUUCUUUGAAAGCCAAUAGGUGGCUUGUAUUUCAAUUGUGUUUGGCUCUAAUACUCAUAUUCAUCCCAUGUGCAGAGGCUUAACGGGAAUGUUUUUCAUCGUGUAUUUCAAAUGGCCCGGUUUGUUCCUCAAAUAUCACCACAGGUCCCUAUUCAUUUAACAAAAAAAACACACACAACAGUGUUUAUGAAGCAUAAAACGCUACUCUCAGUUGCUUUUCUUUUGCCCACAAUACAGAUGUGGGUUGUUGCUGUGUGGAUUUAAUAAAAUGACAUGAUGUAUUCUGUCGGUAUUACAAGUGGGAGCGGGUGAGUCACUAUCAGAUUCUGUCCGGAAAAUUAUACAUCUGGAUCCAAACAGAUGUCCUCAUAAAAGAACCAACACAUUUUAACCGGUUUAUUUUGUAGUAGUUUCCAAACCCUGGGGAUCCUAGUGGUGAACAUACACGUAUUUUAUCACGAUGGCUAAGAGCAUACUAGGUUUAGCUGUUUUAUAGGAAGCGCGUUAGGAGAAUUGUCAGGUGUGUAUAGUCCUUGAAAAUGACAUUAAACUUUCCCUAAAGUGCCUCCAACAGGCCAAAGAUUUUAUUUUCACUGUAGGUCUCAAUGAGUGACAUUCCCCAUUUUUCAGAUAAAAGUACAAAAAAACUUAAACAUAAAUUUGAGCUUAGGCUCCAUUUCUGCCUAGGACUGUCGAGUUGGUUCUCAGCUUCAGUUCUACAUGGAGUCAUACCAUUAGCAUUGACACUGUAUUUAUACCACUUAUAUAUAUUUUCCAGGCUUUCCGCUGAGGAUUGGCCGCUCUACUGAAGUUGGGAAGACACACAAUAACACUAGAGGUAAUAAGAAGGUGUCAUUGUUUGCAGAUGACAUACUGACAUCAUGUUCUCUGGUCUAAUCACAAACCCAUGCUGUUGUCUCCAAUCUUUCUGAAUACCACAGCUUUACCGCCAUGACAACAUGUGAUGCUUUUCCUUUAUUUCAUAGAUCUGACUUGUGUUGAACGUGUCGCAUCACUUUGUCUGUUUUCUGCUCCCAGCACACACCUUUAAGAGUUGCCUUAGACAUCAGAGUUUGAACAGUCUGUGACAGAGUUCUUCUAUUUUUCUCUAAAGAAUUUUGUUCGCUACCAAAGACUGCUAGCUAGCUACGACGUCACGCUGUAAUAAAGUCUCCCCAAGCUUUCACAGCAGCAUGUUUGGAACAGGAAGCCAGGUUUUGGGGGGGUUUUCUAACAGAAAUCCAAGUGUGCUGAUAUAUUCAGAUAGAGAUAUAUAAAUAUAUUUUUUAACUUUUCCUAUUUGUAAAUGGAAAUAUUUUCGAGGCGUGCGAGUCGUGAAAGUGGAUGCGCCCCUGGAUGCUCGUUCUGUUCCCAGAUGAGGAACCGAACUCUAACCAGCGCUGAUCUGCUUGCUUUCAACCAAACCUGUUAAUUAAUUCAAAUGUCUUUUUUUUUUGUUUUUAUCAGAUUUUUAUUUCUUCUUUGAGUGUGGCUAAAAGGUUUUAUUCGGUGAAUUUCAGCCUCCUUCUGUCCUCUGUGAACACUGCACUCAUGCUUUUUGUUUUUUUGUUGUGUAUUUCUUUAUGCAACUGUGUGUAUUUGCGUCUUCUCUCCACGAGAGAAGAUUUAUAUAUAUCUAUACAUAAAUAUUUCAAUUUCGCCAUUUCAGUAUUUAUUUUUGAUGAACCUUUGCGAUUGAGAAUGUAUCUUUGUACAUUGAAUAUAUAUGAUUAUAUAUGUAUGAAACUUAAAAGAUGGUUUGGAUUUUAUUGAGUUGUAACCUGAGGAUUUCUUCAGCUAUGCACCAUGUCUCUGAGGAGAGACAUGGAGGUAAAUUAGGGGUCUGAAAACUGCACACACCUGCUCUGUUCUUUUGCAAUCAGUUGUCCUGUAAAUUUGAACUUCUACUCAACGACGGGUCAGUCGCCUCCUUUCGCAGAUUCCUCCCAUAUAUUUGUCAUCACUGUAGGUAACUCUGACAGGAGCGCAGUUUUUUCCGAAUCUGCAGUAAAUGCAUCAUUUUAAGCCCUUGCAGCAUCUCUAGCGUUACCUAUUUUUAACAAUUAAUUAAAGCAACUUUUGUGGGCAACAUC